GUACGCCAAGCUCCAUCCAGAGGUGGAGGACCCUAUGACCGAGCCGGUCGACGAGGUGGCGAUGAUGCUGGCGGGGUACGGCCAGCCGCAUGGACGUCCUGCCUGCCUUGCUGGGGGUUUCAAGCCUCAGAGGAACUUCACGCAGAUCAAGGCUACCCUCCCCUCCGGCAGCUACGCUACCUCCUCGCGGACUACAUGCCGUUCUCGGGUAGAGGUUGAUACUCAGCUCGAGGAGGCCUAUGCAGUAGCUUACGAGGAGUAUCUCGAGAAGGUUAAGGAGCAUGACCUUGUGAAAGAUGCCUAUGUCCAGUGGACGAGCAACCAGAUGGCGAGUUUCACUCGGUUCAUGAUGACUGGAGUGCGAGAGGAACCACUCCCAGAGCCACCUCAUCCGGGGCCGACGCCAGUGUUCCCGUCCAAGGAGGAGUUCUAUAUCAUGUACAAGCGUCAGCGUCAGUUGACCCCGGGAUUGGGAGAAUCCGGGAACGACACUCCUUGUGGUACGCCGAUGCACCCCGGUCGCCAUUCUCCUCGCCACCGUUUUGCCGCCAUUCUGGGAAAAAAAAAAGAAAAUUGUGCCGACGGUUACACCGUCGGCACAGCUGGGGACGUUGACGGCGCCGGCGUGACGGCUGGUUGGCUGUGCCGACGAUGA